AUGUCAAGCGUGGACAAUAUUACCGCUGAGGAAGCGGAGGGUGGAGACUACGAGAGUGAUCAUAUAUCGCCAUCUCUCUUCCUGUUUGCCAAGUACAUCACCAUAUACCUCCAGCCCGUCAUUUGUACCGCGGGGCUUCUUGGCAAUUUCAUAUCCUUCUGUGUGUUCCUGUCAAAAGGAAUGAGGAAAAUCUCGUCAAACUUAUACCUUGCGGCUUUGUCCGGGAGUGGUUUUGGUUUCAACGUGGUGCUUUUCUUCCAAUGGCUCGAGUUUGUUCACAUCCCAAUUAUUCACAUGCAGGGAUUUUGUCAGGCAAUCGUCUAUCUAGGCUAUAUAUUCAGUUUCCUGUCUGUUUGGCUGAUUGUGUGUAUAACAGUGGAAAAUUACAUCGUUACUUUCCAUUUAUCCAAGGCGGUCAUUUACUGCACGGUCUUUCGUGCUAAAGUUGUGAUUGGAAUCCUGAUUAUGUUUUCUGUGAUACUCUAUAGCGGACAAUUCUGGACGACUAGUGUUAUAGAAGUAUACGAGAACUACACAAUCUGUACCGAAGUGAACGAAUACGCACAACUUAACAGAAUAUAUUACUUCUGGGACACGAUCACAACAAUGGUCCUUCCGAUUAUAAUCACUUCUGUUCUCAUUGUGGCUAUUCUGUCAAGGAAUCUCUUUACAAGCCAAAAUAUUGGUGGUAGAGACAAUUCAAUAUAUAGACGUUUAUCGAAAAAACAGAAAUGCCUUGUUAGGAUAACAAGAGUUCUCCUUGCCAUUUCGCUCACAUUUGUCAUUUUAAGUGGGCCUACCCACGCCAAUAAACUGAGACAUCUAAUUCUUACUGAGCUUAACGGUGCUCAAAGACCAUAUACGUUAUCAGACCGAGUUCUCCAGCAGAUCUUUCAAAUAAUAUACUAUCUUAGUUCGUGCCUUAACAUAGUAUACUACUUGAUUUGGUCUCACAAUUUCCGAAAAGAGAUCAGACGUCUACUGUGCUUGAUACCUGGACAGUCAGAGAGCGGCAUCCGAGGAUUGGAAAAUAGAAGUAAGACGAAGAGUAAUAAUGAAACGAAUCAGAUGGGAAAAGGUGCCAAGAGUGGCUGUCGAACGAUUGUUGACAAGCCAACAAACCCCAAGUCACAAAUAACAAUGCUUUAACUGUCUUGUAAAUGUUUUACGAAAGGGUAAUUAUUGGCUAUAACACGUAUUAGUAUUCGUAUGGGAACAUAAGUAAUAGCUGCUAGACUCAUGAGCCUAGUACUUGAACUUAUACUCGAGCGCUGCGACGCUUUGUACAAUGAUGCCAAGGAAAACGUUCGUUUUUUAGCUUGCGUUUUUAAGAUUGGAAGGGUUUCGUACGAGUGUUAUAUCACGGUUUAACGUAAUAAUUAAGAGACCUAAGUUAUUUAUUUUUACCAUAAGACCUCAUUUUCUCUUCUCACUGAUGAUUAACAAUUUAACUAGUUAUCUUAACAUUCCACCUUAAUAGCUGUUUCAUGUAUUCUCGAAAUAGUAUUUUAUUAGAUUUACAGCUUCUUGUUUUGUAAAAGCCAUGGAGACUAUGAUUGAAUUAGGUAUUGUUAAGUUUCUUAAUUUCUAGAUUAAUAUUCAGCCCAGACUUUCAAUGAUACGUGGUGCUAUUGUAAAUGCAGAUAAGGCAGGCACGUUCGAUGAUAUACACGUAUACUCUUUGUUUGUGUUGUAAUGCCUUAUUAGUCGGCGCCCAGGAGGGAGCCGACUAUAUUUGAUAUUGUCCUAAAUGAAGCUUUACAUUUGGGACCAGUUCAUAAAUUGCAGAAUAAUGCUAUUGGUAUCUUAAGUAAAGUGUGCUCACAAAACAAAAACAUUGUUUACCGUAUUUUAACAAGUAUAUCUUUUUUACAUAUGCAAACUGAACAUGUUUGAAGUAAAUUACAACGUUUUGGUGAUCUUUAUGUAUGUUAUUUCUUCUCUUUUUAUCGCGCCAACUUGAUGCUA